AUGACAAACCAGAGCAAGGAAAACCUUGACCACAUCGAGUUUGUAGAGAACGAACAUGGCGACCUCUCCUAUGCGGUCGACCCCCGCGAGGGACCGGUGACUGUCCUCGACACCAUGGGCCAGGACCCAGACACACCACAGGCCAUCCCCCUCAAGGCUUACAUUGUUAUUAUCCUCAUGAGCAUUGGCCUGUUUAACAACGUGUUCUUUGGUGUCGCCCCACCUGCCAGUGUCGGACUCAUCGCCAAGGCCCUCAACGCCUCGGACAAGGCCAUGUGGAUUAUCCAGGCUCAGGGUAUUCCCUCCAUUGCAUCGGGACCGAUCAUUUCAGUCAUUGCCGACGUCUACGGCCGCAAGAGCGCCAUCAUUGGCCUCGCCUUGCUCUCAGCGAUUGCUUGCAUCAUCUGCAUGACGACCCACAACGUCGACGUUCUCAUUUUUGGACAGACGCUCAACGGUAUCUCGGGCGGUAUCUCGGGUCUCCUGUUUGCCAUCCCGUCCGAGGUUGUCCCAAGCCGCUACCGUUCCAUGGUUCAAGGUUUCCUCUCCUUCUUUUCGAUAGGCGGUGCAUACGUUGCUCUGUUGGGUAUGGGCGCGGCCACCAGUAACGACCCCGAGAACGGCUGGCGCUGGAUUUGGCGUACCCAGCUCGUGUGCAACGGUGUCAUGAUCAUCGGGUUUGCACUCUUCUACUUCCCCCCGCCCCGCACCAUCUCCAACCUUUCGAUCUGGGGCCGCAUCAAGAGCCUGGACUGGAUGGGCUAUUUCCUUCUUACGGGUGGUCUGGUCCCCCUUCUCAUGGGUUUCGCCUGGGCUGCCAGCCUUGGCUGGUCCGACCCCCACGCGUACGGCUGUGUGGUCGCCGGCGUGCUGGGCUUUAUCAUGUGUCUCCUGUGGGAGUGGAAGGGUACCGCCACUGGUUUCCUGCACCACGCCUUGUUCCGCAACCGCAACUUUCCUCUCCUCAUGUUCACCAUCGCCGUCGAAGGACACAUGUUUUACGCCAUCAACACCAUGUACUCUGGUGCAGCCUACGGCUUCUGGUUCUCGGAUGUGUCGGCGAUGAAGCAGAGUGCCGCCCUCCUGCCAUUUUUCGGUGGCGUCAUGGUCAUCACACCUCUUGUUGCGUUUUACACUACAAAGUUUAAACAACUCAAGUGGCCCGUUUUUGCCGGCCUUGUCUCGUUUUUGAUUGCCUGUAUUGGCUUGGCGACCUGCACAACCGACUCGUGGGUUCGCGCUCUUGUCUUUGACGCAAUCGCUGGAUUCGGCUUCGCUGCCAUCCUCAUGCUGCUUGUCACUCUUGUUCAGCUCUCGACCCCGCCCCUCUACAUUGGUGUGGCUUCCGCGCUUGCCAUCUCUACUCGCACGCUCGGCGGAACUGUGGGCUACGGCAUCAACACGGUCAUCUACAACAACGUGUACGACUCGCGCCGGUCCUCCAAGAUUGCCCAGGCGGUGAUCCCUCUUGGGUUUGAUUCCAACAACCUCGGCUCUUUGAUCAGUGGCAUUGUUAGCGGCAACACCACCGCGGUGCCCGGCAUCACGCCCGACAUCCUUGCCGCCGCCAACACUGCCAACCUCCAGGCGAGUGCCUACGGUUACUCUGUCACCUGGUAUGCUGCGAUCCCUGCAGUGGUUCUUGCACUCGUUGGCAUUGUGUUCAUCAAAGAUCCCACCGACCGCAUGGACUGGGUGGUUGAUGCCCCGCUGGAGAAGGUCCAUCACGAGCACGCCGGUAAAGAGGCCGAAGAGGGUGGCGUCAAGGUCGCGGAGACGUAA